AGAGAGGGUCCUGGAGGAAAGAGAAGCACAUAUAUAUACAACUACUACUACUACUACUACUACUGCUGCUGCUGCUGCUGCUGCUGUGUCCUCAACUCCCCUCUCUCCUCACAGCCUCCAAGGUCUCACUUCGCCAAGAUGACUGAGGUAAAGAAGAUGACGUCGAGCCGUAGGCACCAUCUCAAGAGUCUGAUCCUGCAGAUCGCUGCUGAUUGGAUUGAGGUGGAGACCAAGGAGGCGGUGGAGACAAAGGCCGCCUACAUGUCUGAGAACUGCCCCGCCCCCAGCCUGAGUGGCGACCAGGCUGCUCUCCUGGAAAUCUGCAAGAAGCUUCAACAGGCUGCGGACAGAAUUGAUGAAGAACGCUACGACACAGAGGCCAAAGUACAGAAAGCUGACAAGGAGAUCACAGAUCUGAAGCUGAAGAUGGUGGAGCUUGGAGGUGUGAAGAAGCCAGCCCUAAAGAAGGUCCGUAUGUCUGCUGACUCCAUGCUGGCGGCCCUGCUGGGAGGGAAACACAAGGUCACAAUGGACCUGAGGUCCAACCUCAAGCAGGUCAAGAAGGAGGUCAAGGAGGAGGCGGUGGAGGCUGGAGAUUGGCGUAAGAACAUUGAGGACAAGGCUGACAGGAAGAAGAUGUUUGAGACGUCCUAAAUACUUUUGCUUUUCCUCACUGAUGUUUUUGACUUUUCCAUGGAACUGGAAUAAUCAGUUUUUUCCCAUUAAAUCUUUUGAAUAAGG